AAGUGGACCUCUCAGGCGCCUUGGUCGUGUCGGUGCUGACUGCGACUAACACGCGGUGCUGGGCUCCUUUCGCUUGCCCUGAGACUCCCGUGAAGAUGCCGAAGGCCAAGUCCGCGGCGAGUGGCCGCCGGCGCGAGCGGCUGGAGCAGAAGAGGGAGCUGAAGCGGGCCGGAGGACUCAUGUUCAACACAGGGAUUGGACAGCACAUUUUGAAAAAUCCUCUAAUUGUCAACAGCAUUAUCGAUAAGGCUGCGUUAAGACCUACUGAUGUGGUGCUAGAAGUUGGGCCUGGGACUGGAAACAUGACCGUCAAGCUGUUAGAAAAGGCCAAAAAGGUAGUUGCCUGUGAACUUGAUCCAAGGCUAGUAGCUGAACUUCACAAAAGAGUUCAGGGCACGCCUCUGGCCAGUAAACUUCAGGUCCUGGUGGGAGAUGUAUUGAAAUCGGAUUUGCCCUUCUUCGAUGCUUGUGUGGCAAACUUGCCUUAUCAGAUCUCCUCUCCUUUUGUCUUCAAGUUGCUGCUCCACCGACCAUUUUUCAGAUGUGCUAUACUUAUGUUUCAAAGAGAAUUUGCUCUUCGUUUGGUUGCAAAACCUGGAGAUAAAUUAUACUGCAGACUCUCCAUUAAUACACAACUUUUAGCACGUGUGGACCAUCUAAUGAAGGUGGGGAAGAAUAACUUCAGACCGCCCCCCAAGGUAGAGUCCAGCGUUGUAAGGAUAGAACCUAAGAAUCCACCACCACCUAUCAAUUUUCAGGAAUGGGAUGGCCUAGUAAGGAUCACUUUUGUUCGGAAAAACAAGACACUGUCUGCUGCAUUCAAAUCAAGUGCAGUACAACAGCUGUUGGAAAGAAACUACAGAAUUCACUGUUCGGUACAUAAUACUGUAAUACCAGAAGAUUUCAGUAUAGCAGAUAAAAUACAGCAAAUCCUAACCAGCACAGGUUUUAGUGACAAACGGGCCCGUUCCAUGGACAUAGAUGACUUUAUCAGGUUGCUACAUGGGUUCAAUGCAGAAGGCAUCCACUUUUCCUAGCCAUUUGAAAACAUGCUUUUUCCAAGACCAAGAAAAAAAUGAAAUUAUAAAUCUCUAUUAUUAUUAUCCAUGGUCAAAGUGGUUAAAUCUACAUAUUCUUGUUUUUGUUUUAAAUAUACUACAAAGAGCAGGGUUCAAUAGACAUAACCAUUUCCAAGUUUAAAAGCCGCAGAUACGCACAACCAUACACUUAAGCUUUCUAACAAUUUAUUGUAUAAAGAUGUUACUGUGUUAUGGGCUGUGAGGCCUACUUUAGGCCUGCAGCUCGGUCACCCAGUCACAAAUCCUCCUCAUUCACAUGUACAGUACGUUACUUAACACGACUUUCCUUUACACACCCUCUUCAUCCUAGACAGUUUCCAUGUAUUAAUGCCAUCUUUGUUAGAUGACCUGUUGCAACACAGACAACAGUACAGUUCUGGAUAAGCCAGAGUCUGCUGCAGUCAUAUAGUGCAGGCAUGUCCUGUAUGACUCUACCUGUGAAAUGCAGACGCGUAGAAAGAAGCUAACUAUAAAGUCAUGUUAAGUCUGUUUUCUUGGGGGGGAGACAGAUCUAUAGAUUUCAGAUUUAGAAAAAUCCCAGAGAGUUUAUAAGUGAAAUGGGCUUUAUUAAUCGGUGAUUUUCUUUCUUUCAUGAAAGGACCUUUUUUCUUUUUUUUUUUAACAUCAACUUUAAUCUCAGUAUCUUGCCUCAGCCUUCUAAAUGCUGGGAUUACAGUUGUGUACCACUGUAUGUGGUUUCAGUUUUCAGCUUUUUAAAAGAAAAGCCGUUUACCCACAACUACAAGCUCCUGGCUAUUCCUUAAUUCUGGAUAAUUAAAAUUUUAGUACCCGGUGUUUCUUUUUAAGCUAUUUAAAAUUUGUCAGAUUGAAGAUUUUAUGCUGCUUAUAUAUUUUAAUAAAUUAGCUGUUUUAUUUAUAUAAGGAAACUAUCUUCAUUGGUUAUUUGGCUCUCUUUGUACCCAAAACUUAAAAUGAAUGCUUCUACACUUAAGAAUAUAAAUUGUUUGCCUACCUAGAUAUUUUUUUUCCCCAAAAUCUGGCUUAAGAGUCAUAUAGUAAAUGCUAUAAUGACUAUGAAUAACUUAGCUAUGAAUAGGUAAAAUAAUGUGUAGCAGCCUUUAAAUUUCAGAAAGGUCUAAAGAAUAUUUAAAACAAAACAAAAAGACUUUGCUGCAAAAGCUACUUUUGUCACACGAAUAGUAACUAUUCUUAAGGGUUAAUUUUCUUUAAUGUGACAGAACUAUUUUGUAGAGUUCACUUGUACCAUCUCUACCUCAAGGGAAACAAUUCCACCUAACUAGGCUUUUUUAGCUUGUUUUCCUUGACUCUCAACUGCUGCGCUUUAGUCCCCUUUACUGGUUGGUCUCAGUUUUCCCUCUGUAAAGCUGAAUCGUAUUUUACCUCCAAAGAUAUUUGCUGGUACUAAUUUUCAAGUACACUGACUAUGGAUUAAGAUGAAGCUAGCAUAAGGCAGCAUCUAUACAUAUAAAAAGAUCCUCCAAAGAUAGUACCUAUCCAGUGCCAGUAACAUUAAACCUAAAAAUGGAUCUAUAAAAGACCUUCCGAAGAUAGUUCCUGUCCAGUGCCAAUAUCAUAACAUUAAAGCUUUGUGCUUAAUGAGCAAGUUCGUGUCUUUAUUGCCCAUUACCUAUGAGGUGGUCUCAAAAUAUACCCUUUUAUUGGAGACAAAGUCUUUCUACAAAGCUCUGGCUAUCCUGGAACUCACUAAGUGGAACAGGCUGGCCUUGAACUCAUACCCACCUGCCUGAGUACUGGGAUUAAAGGUGUGUGGCCUCUGCAAGGUCAACAGAAACAAGUUAGUUCUUCAUUCUUCCUCUUUGAAACAGACACGAACAGAAUACAUCUUACAAUUGCAAAAAACCUGAGUUCCUUCCAAAACAAAGGUGAAUAUAUUGAAGUACAUUAUUUCUAAAUUUGUUUUUAUAGAUUUCAUUUAUUAAUAAUGAUAUUGUGAAAAAAAUCUACAUUUGAUUUAGAUUUCAUGUUUACAGAGCUUUACCCCAUGGUGUUAGGAUUCCUCACAGCUACCCUCUCACUUAUGAUCAGUGAAGUAAAGGAUCUGGCUCGCUGACUCUAUUCAUAGAUUUCCCCUUGGCUCACUGAGUGAAUCAGUAGGUUCCCUAGAGUUAAUCAAGAGAAACAUGGGAGGUUCUUUGGUUAACUUAAUGGACUAUAUAUACUGGGAACCAAGGGAAAACUCCUAGAGAUAUAUAAUGUGUAUAUAUAUAUCUAUAAUUAUUUAAACAAUAUUUACAUUAAAGUUGGCCAGUUUUCUCUUUUAGAGUAGCAGCUGUAAAAGUGAGUUCUGCCAUUUAUGGAGUAGUCUUCCUUACUAUCGUUCUAUCCACGAGAUCCAAAUGGCAAACCAUCUCAUACUAGAUAUUGAUGGAGCUUGCUAUGGACUGCCUCGUAAGGCAUCGACACUUCUGGGGGUUACAUACUGUCUACGCUUGGCUAUCUAACUUGUAUUAUGAACUACUUUCAAUGUACAUACAAAUGUUCAUGCAUCAGAAGCCAAUUUCCUUUAACAGUACGUUAAAUUUGGGUGCUAAUAAACACUUCAACUUAAAUAAUGGCAUUGUUAAAGAUCAAAUUACACUAUUAGUCUUGUGAACACCAC